GAUCAGUCUUCAUAAUCCUUAACAUGAUUCGCGGACUUCUUGUCGUUUGUUUCCUACUGGGUGGCGAAGUGUUCUGCAUGUAUCAUACACUAAACCGGGUUGACCUCGAGAAUAGAGCUCUCCUUACCGACGUUGCUGCAAGGAUUGAUGAUUUGGAAAGACAAGUUCAAGGUGCACAGGCGAAAGCGGACAUUCCGCAAACAGCACGUGGUUCGUCAACGUACGUUCACUGGGGCAUGAAAACGUGUCCAAACGUGACAGCUACGACGACACUAUAUAGCGGACAAGCAGCCGGUUCUCAUUAUACCCACUCUGGCUCUGGUGAAUACAUUUGCUUGCCAAACGACCCAGUAUAUGGUGCCUACAAUCAAAUAUCUAGCAGUACAAGAUCAAUGAUGUAUGGGGCUGAGUACGAGACAUACGACAAUGCUCCAGCUUUAACCAAUCUCUUAAAUCAUGACGUGCCGUGCUCUGUUUGUCUUGCUCGCGGGAAGACAACCGUGAUGAUACCAGGACGUACUUCGUGUUAUAGCGGAUGGACCAAGGAGUACGAGGGAUACCUGAUGGGGGCGCACUAUCAGCAUCAAGGCAACGGAUAUGUCUGUAUGGCGAGAUCCCCCGAGUCGCUGGCUGGCAGCUAUGCAGACAUGAAUGGAGCCCUGUUCUACUUUGUAGAAGGUCGGUGUGGUACCUUGCAAUGUCCUCCGUACAUCGAGGGAGCUGAAAUAGCCUGCGUCGUUUGUUCAACAACAAAAUAAAUGUUCCUAUGACAAAUGCAAUCCAACAACAUACCAGCGUAUGCAUAUAAACACCUAUGAAUACACGUUGUUGUACUUUACCUAAUGAAGUUUUCAUCUAAAGAUAUUGAUGCACAUUUGAUUUAGUAUUAAAUAUGACUUACACAAGUCAAAUAUUUUACCCAUUUAAGAAUUGUUUUACUAAAAUAUUAGCAAUAACAUUGAUUGUUUAGCUUAUUGUUUUCAUUUGUAAACCAAUAGUAUUUGUCUGACACUGUGUAAAAUAACUAAACAGAAUAUUGGUCACUGAACUUUAAUGGUUAUGAAUACGUAUUUUCAUCUGUAUUUUUUGUGUGCUUUUGUUUGCCUUUGAAUAUGUAAAAUGCUCUUGCGAUAUAUUAACUGUUUCAUUUCAAUUCAACAGUCGAUGGAUACGAGAAAUCGAGUAAAUGCAUGCUUUA